GCAUCGGAUGUGUAUAUAAGUAAGUGUGCCAGAGACGGCUCUUUACAAGUUUUGCUGUCCGUAGAGAGCGGGUGUGACGCACUAGUACUGAGCCGAGGAAGGCGAACAGGUCGACUGGCAUCAUGAUGAGUGACUGCAGAUUCGCGAUGAGGUGUUUGCAGUUGAUACUGCUCGUGCAAGUCAGCAGUUAUGCUUACAAGCCGAUUAUAUGUCCCAAUCACUUUCAGAAGGGCUGUGUCAUCCAACUAAACAGACUGCAGUGCAAUUGCAGCCGCUUCGAGCUCUGUCCAGACGAUCCUUACUUGUUCAAUGACAGAAACCAAUGCGAGGAAAGACUUAGGAAUUCACAACCACAUGAUUGUGGGCGAUUAAAGUAUUGGGGAUGCCAAGUAGUCAGACAAGACAUGACGCGCACCUGUCUCUGUCACAACAGGACUGCUUGUAUUGGAUUUUACGAACACGACACUAUGGCAGACUGCGAAGCCGAAUUGAAGAGAGACUACAAUAUUCCUUCUUACGCUGUUCGCAAAUGUCGGUUGGACAACUUGUUUCAAAGCUCCAGACCAGUUCGGUGUGGAAAAGCCAGAAAAUUUUGUACUCCCCAUGGUUGUCAGAAUUGCUGUCACAGCUGGAGUGGUUGUAAUCCUAAUCCGUUUUUGUACACUACGACUGACAGAUGUCAUUUAGGAUUGCAAUCGGAACUGUUUCAUAAUCCCUGCAUAGCAGUAACAUGCAAGACGGGUUUCAUGUGCACCACCGAUGCCAGCCUUUGCAGUUACGGAAGUCCCUGCACUAAACUCGAGCCCGUCAAACCAAAGCAGAAAUUCUACUGUGUCAUCGAUCCGUCGGUCAAUCCAUGCAAAGAUCAUGUUUGUCGUGUCGGUUGGAAAUGCCAAAGUAGUCUGGACCAACGAUGUCACAAGCCACCGUGUGCUGCAAGUGCUGUCUGUAGAAUCGACCCUAUGUACAACCCGUGCAAGCACACACGAUGUCAUCCCGAUGAGUACUGUCAGGCAGAAGACGGGACAAUGUGUAGCAAUGGCGUGUGUGUCAAAGUAGCUCAUUGUUACCCGGAUCCUAAAGCUGCAUCACCCAAGGUCAACCUAGUCUCUUCUGCAUUCGGUCCUUUAGUUGUUGCCGGGAGCAACAUCACACUGUCUUGCACAACAGUGGCUUAUCCUCAUCCCACAUCUCUGACAUUUUAUCACAAUGGUGAGGCAAUAUCUGAGACAACAGAUGGGGUAGACUUGCAUCAGUGGAAGUCAGGCAAUGCCACUACUCUGUAUGGCCAACUGGUGAUCAACAACUCAUCUGUGAGUCAUAAUGGAACCUACACAUGUACUGCUGUUAAUUACGUCGAAGAAGUCAGUGAGCAGACAGAGAUGUUUGUAUAUGAAUGUCCCACCUGUGAUGAAGCAAGUCUCGACACACACCUCUGUUCUCUAAACUUGGACACAGCUGUCAUAGGCAAAGCAGUCAGAAGCACAGCCGUCGUUGCAGAAGAUCCAUCUUGGACGUCAUACGAAUUUUCCAUAUCUCGAGUAUUUAAUCGUUUCACGACAGCCAAUGCAACCUACUUGCGUCACAACAAAAACGUUAAUUUUGUUACAAAGUCAAGUGCCUGUCAAUGUCAGGCAAUGGAUAUGGACCGUCCCUAUCUCGUUUUGUUCAAACUGGAAGAAAGUGGUGGAGGUGCUAUAAGUCUCUUUCCUCACGGUAGAGUCUACCUGUGGCAGACUGUAAAGCACAUCGUCCAAGACGACAAAGACAGACGAAGUUGUAAAGAACAGAGCUCGCAGACUACAAACUCAUGACGACAUUACAAUCUCACAGAACUGCACAUCGGAAUGGAAAUGGAGCAGCCGAGAUGUCGAGUACAGUCCAUUGUGUGUAGUUUUCGUUUUUCGGUUUAAGCACAUUGUGAGGUAGUCUAUGUCUACGAAUUAGAAAUUAAAAUUA